AUGUCUAUCAGCCACCCGGACGCCGAAGGCCAAGGCCAAAUCCAGGUGCCCCAACAGGCACUGGUAAUCCAAAGCCCGUGGACAGAGCUGAUCUUCCAGGGGCAAAAGACAUGGGAACUCCGAGGACGUAACCUCAAAAAAAGAGGCCGUGUCGCCAUAGCAGCAAGUCGCACCGGAACGCUCGUCGGAGAGGUUGACUUCGUCGACGCAUUCCCCGUAGGAAAAAAGGUGGACGACACCUGGCAACCCUACAGCGAGCGUCUGCUAGACAAAGAACGUUUUUUCCUGCUGCCCGAGAAUAUCCAACACCACCAAGUUCGCAAACCAUCCAGGAUGAAAUACAAGACCGUGUACGCUUGGAUCAUGGAAAAUCCGAUCAAGUACAUACCUUCCAUACAAUAUGAACCGGUGCAAGGUCCACUUUGGCCAAAGCUAACCCCCAGCGUUCGUCAACGCAUCAGCAAGAGACGACGAGAAGGCCUCGAGCACGACGACAAGAAGUCCAAAAAGAACAAGAUCGACGGCUCAACCGACAAGAUCGAGUGA